CACUGACCAUUAGUGACCAGAUAACCCACCGCCGCGCUCGGACCUCAGACGGUGUAGCGGCGGGAAGGCUUAGUACCAAUAACACAGGAGAGCUAAUUGCACUCUCGGGAAAAAUCGUCCCCCGACCGGUUGGAACACGCUCCGUGGGUACAUAUUUACAGUGUGGUCAAACCUUAACACAUACCGAACCAGGGAUUAUAGCUGUCUUUCUGGAUAAUGGCGUCCUUUCGGAGGGGAGGCCAAUAUCGCCAGUCCAAGAUGUUGUCCACAGAAGAAAAAUGGAAGAUACUUUUCAAUCAGCAAACGCGAAAGUCUGUAUACAGUGCACAACAGUACUGCGAUCACAUCCGGAAAUACUUACAGAGCUUGUCUGGACAGACAGAAGGGAAUUCUGGGAGCCGAGAUGAAAGACCAAUGUCGUAUUUACUGCGGAAACUCAAAGUCGACUUACAAAUGUCGUUUCAAAGUUUCGUACAGGAGUUCCUGCGAGAGCCACUAUUGGGUAUUGGUCUUCUGCUUGCUACUCUCAAGGCCGUCCAAAAAUGCACAUCCGACUUCUCACGUGCCACUGCCAAAGUCAAAGCCAUCAACUCCAAACGACUGUUGACGGAUGAACACGACUGCUUGCUGUGCCUCAAAUUUGCCUUACGUGAACAGGAGGCCACGAAUCUGCUCCUUGACGAGUCGUACGGACUGGAGUGCGUAGCUUCAGCCCUAAUGAGUUCCUUCACGAAGUCCCGCUUGGUUGCGUUAGAGAUAAUGAGUCUUGUUUUGACUGACUCGAAAGGGUUUUCCAGAAACCUGGAUUGUUUUACGUACUUCCGAUUGAAGAACUGCGAGCCUGUCCGUUUUCGUUUUCUCGUCAGCAUGCUGAUGUCUACCGGCUCACAGAAUGUUGCCUUUCAGGUUUGUUGUAUGAAGUUUAUCAACUCGCUCCUUGCUGCGAGCCCAAACAUGAACUCCAGGGUGUUUCUUCAGAAUGAGCUGAUCACUGCAGGACUGGAUGCGGAUACCUUAAAGCAGAGUGUUGAUACUGAGUCAAGUUUGGAACACAUAGAACUGGGUCGAGAAUUAACCGAAUUCCAUGAAACGUUUGUGGAUGUUGAUGCGUUGAUAGAAUACCGAUCAUCUCUUGAAACAACGAACGACGAUCUCCAGAAACAAUUAUUCGUCCUGCAAGAGGAAGUCCAGAGUACACGGAACACAAGUGACAUUGACUCUGGGGAUGCGUCUAUGAAGUCAAAGACAGGUGACAACAGUGCUCACCCCAAAGUUCCAGAUCCCCCGCCACCACCUCCGUGUACCGGGCCAUCCAGAAAACCAAACACGGGGAUAACAUUUCCGUUCCUCUAUUGGAAACCCCUCAAUGACGUACAAGACACCAUCUUCCAGACUUUGAGAAGUGACAACAUCCUACACGAUGAGGACUUAGACGCAUUUGAAGCAGCGUUCAGACUUGAAUCAAGAAAACCGCUUGUCACUCUGAAAAAGAAUCAAGAAUCUCGACAGCUACGUCACGAAAAGAAAAUGAUUUUUCUAGAACGAUCAAGAGCACAUAAUUUGGUUCUGGCUCGGCGGAAGGUGGGACUGGCGGCGGAGGAUGUAAAAACAGCACUGGACCAGUAUGACUAUGAAGCUGUAGAUGCGGACAGUGCGGAGCUGCUGUCGCGAUUCAUUCCAACUGAGACCGAGUUGAGAGACGUGAUGUCACUUACCUGUAACUAUGAAGAGUUGGCAGAGGCGGAACAGCUCAUUGUUCAGCUUGUGUCUGUGUCGGAUCUGGAGGGCAAACUCAGCUGUAUAGCCUUCAUGAAUCAAUUUCAGAGGAAGGUGGAUGCCCUGGCACCGGAACUGAAUAACAUUCAGAAAUCCUCUUCUUCUUUGCUGAACUGUGAAAGGAUUAAGAAAGUGUUUGAGAUAAUCCUGCUUCUCGGAAAUUACGCAAAUACCAACAAAUGCGGUUCCAUCCACGGCUUCCACUUUUCCUGUCUGUCAUCGCUGAAAGACAUGAAGUCAAGUGAUAAGACACAGACUCUCGUCGAUUUCAUUGUAAGGAUGAUGGCCCGUAACCAUCCGGAUAUUCUUCACUGGUACCAAGACAUCGACCUGCUCCCCGUGGCUAAAGGUAGUUUUGCUCGCCUGACAUCCCUGGUACAGGAGCUAGACGAGGGUAUUCGGAUGGUGGGCGACCACAUGAACCAGACGUCUAGUGGUCAUUCAGAACGAUUGGCUACUUUUUAUGAAGAAGGCGAAGAGCGCAUUUGGAAACUGAGGCGGUCAUGCCAGCGUACACACACUGUCUACACACGUGCGUGUUCUACGUUUGGGGAGAAUUCUGAAAAUAUUGAGCCUUCAGAACUGUUUGGACACUUUAAACAGUUUGUCAAUGCGUAUAAGGGAUCGUUGACCAAACUGAUGACAGAAUCUCCAUCUGAAGUAGUGAAUCGCCCAGACCAAUCGGAAUAUGCGCAGCCAGCAGUCGAGACCUCUUACGAUUCGUCCACAGAGUAUACUUCUCUACAGGUCAUUAGAAAAACACCUACUAUUGACUACGUCAAUGCAGAUCAACGGGAAGAAUUUCCCGCCUAUACCCACGACUUAGGGAGUGAGAGGACAGAUGAUUUGUCCUACUGCGAUUUAGAAGUAGCUGAGGCGCUUAGAAACCAUUGUGAAUCGGAAACAGACGGACUGUUGUGUGACUGUUGUUUCAAGGAAACGGGAGAAUGCGCGCUAGCCAAUAACCAAUACGGAAAUUUUCCGACAAAAAGAAACAGUGCAGUGGAAAAUUGGAUUGUUUGUAAUAAUAAAGCCAUGUUAGAGACUAGUUACAGGGCUGGUGACGAACUUCCCCUAGAUUACGGUGAUGACAUCAACAACAAUGUGCAUGACGUACAACACAAAAUAGAUACUGAGAGCUAUGACAGUGCAUUUUUUGGGUCUGAUGCGAACGUUUUGAAAUCCUCGGGACGAAGUUCACAAGAAGAUGUGCUAACACAACCUAGUAUGCCUAGGUCUAGCACACCUUACACGUGCAUGCGUACGGCAGAUCCAAUUCCCGACUACAGCCGAUGCCCAUCUCCUGCAGGGAGCUUCGCCAGUAAGGACACGUACAGCAGCGAGCUCUCCAAAAUUCUCACUGAAUUCGAAGGCAAUCUGAACCAGUAUGAAUCCGAAGUUUCCCCGACCUAUCGUCGGUUUUACACCGUGAAGUCCAUUAUCUACCUUUAGAGCAAUCUGAUAUUGUUAGAAUAAAGUUCGUGUUGUCGGGUAUAGGCUCAGUGAACUACGCGCCAUAUUCGUAAGGUACCAGGGCCGUUUUGUGAUCAUCACAUGCUGCUUUUCUUUCGAUUUCGGGAGAUUAUGGACUUCUUUAGUUACACAUAUCUGAAAGCAGCAAGUAGCAGAAACAUCAUUCAAGACGACAGUCUUCAGCGAUCAAUUUUAGCAACAAUUUUAAAUGAUUACUUGUACCACUUUAGUACCGGUCACUACCGUACCCAAGAACAACUCGUUCUUUGUGUAUCAACUGAAUCAUGUCACCUAUUUUCACAGGGAAUAUAGACCAUGACAAAUUUGUACAUUUUAAGCAACCUUGUUAAUUAAUCAACCCUCCGUAAGUUUUAAUAAUAUAUCUUGAGGAAAAUGUGUUCUGUUUAGGCCAACCAAGGUGAUAAGGCAGUGAUCCACACAACUAUAACAGCGGCACAACCGUCAAUCAUAUCAGUCAUAUUUAUGUUGCCCUUCAACUUAACAAACGCAUAAAUUAUUUCCCUUUGUUUUAGUAAAACUAAAGUAGACUGGUACUACUUACAUUGUACAACAUGGCAACAGCGUUCCAAGUCCAAUCCCUGUUACAGUGCAAUAUUUUCUAGUUAGUCCUCAAACGUUAAUGUGUAAAUGUUGUGUGCAAUAAACAAUGUUGUGUGUAAUAAACAAUGUUGUGUGUGUGUAAUAAACAAUGUUGUGUGUAAUAAGCAAUGUUGUGUGUAAUAAACAAUGUUGUGUGGUUCCAUGUUGUCAGAUAUAACAGUGUUAAACUCAAUAUCUAACCGGAAUUGACAUUAAUACUAGGCCUAUAUCUUUGCAUAUUGCAUACUUUGAAUUCAAUGGCAAUUAACCGCUUAGAAUACUCGAAAUUUCAUACAGGAUAAUUGAGGAAGUGUUUGGCUCAUUUGUACAAAGAAAUACAGGUACGAAUUGUAAUAUAUCUCUUACUUAUUGUUAAAUUAAAUUUAAUUGAGUGCUGACCUAUAAAUACAACAUGGUGAGUCUGAGCCACCGUCUACAAUUGAUCUGAAAUACGUCGGUCAAGAAAGCCAUCAUUAGAAAUGUUAUCACAAUACAUUUAUCGCGGCCUGUUUUUAAGAUUUCUAGGGUAAAGCAACCUCAACAACGUAAGUGUGUUAGUAAA